AUGGUGGCGGGCGGCGCCGCGCGGCUGCUGCCGCUGCCCCGCCUGGGCCGCGCCGCGGGGGCGCGGGGGGCGCUGCCCGGCUGGGGGGCGGCGGCGGCGGCGGCGGCGGGGCGCGGCGGGCUGCGGGGCGGCCGCUGGGCAGCCGUGGCCUUGGCGGUGCCGGUGCCGGUGUCGGUGCCGGUGCCCGCGGGCGGGCGGCGGCCGCCGCUGUGGGCAGGGGAGCGGGAGCGGGCGGCGUGGGGGCUGUCGGCGCGGCUGCGGCUGUGGCUGCGGCUGUGGCUGCGGGGCUGCGGGCUGCUGCUGCGCUUCGGGCCGCUGCUGCUGCUCUACCCGCUGAGCCGCCUGCGGCCCGCGCUGGGCGCGCUGUGGCUGCGGCUGCUGCGCAGGGCGGCCGAGGCGGCGGGGCCGGCGUGUGUCAAGCUGGGCCAGUGGGCCAGCACCCGCAGGGACCUCUUCUCGCAGGCUUUCUGCGAGGAGUUCGCCAGGCUGCACGUCCAGGUCAGCCCGCACCCCUGGGGCCACACCGCCGAGCUGCUGAGGAAGGCGUUCGGCGAGGAGUGGAGGCGAGUCCUCCAUUUCCACAGCCAGGAGCCGGUGGGCUCGGGCUGCGUGGCGCAGGUGUACAAAGCCUAUGCUGACCUGGCGGCUGUCACCGGGGCACAGGCCCAGGAGCCGGCAUGGCGAUCAGAGUUGAGGUCUGCUUCAGAAGCAUGGGAGGUGUCGGGCUUCAGGGGCCUCCUCAGGUGGCUGAGGAAGAGGAAGAGCGAGGGGAGGUGGGAAGAGAGGGGCAAGGAGGAGCUGGGCCCCGUGGGCUGCUCCCCUGAGAGCCCCCUGAGCGGAGCACGGUGUGUGGAGCAGAUGGCCAAACCGCCCCCGAACACAAGCCCUUCACCAGCCAGACAUCUCACGCCUGUAGCCAUUAAAGUCCUGCAUCCUGGGCUAGUCCACCAAGUCCAGAUGGAUCUAUUUCUCAUGAAGAUGGGUAGCCACAUCCUUGGACUUCUCCCUGGAUUCAAGUGGCUCAGUUUGACAGAGAUUGUGGAGGAAUUUGAGAAGCUUAUGCUUCAGCAGAUCGACUUACGCUACGAAGCCAGAAAUCUGGAGCGCUUCCGGCAAAAUUUCCUAGAUGUUGAUUUUGUGAAGUUCCCAACUCCUGUUCGCCCUUUGGUAACGAGCGAAGUUCUAGUGGAAACGUUUGAGGAGAGCGAGCCCAUUUCGCGCUACCUGCAUGCAGAGGUUGCCACAGAACUGCGGCAGAGCCUUGCAAAGAUGGGCAUGGACAUGCUGCUAAAGAUGAUCUUCGUCGACAACUUUGUGCACGCCGACCUGCACCCCGGCAACAUCCUGGUGCAAGGCACGGCCCAGGCCAGCCCUGGUAGCAGGGAGCAGACGGCCGUGGUGGACCUGUGCGACACGCUGGUGGUGGAGGUGCAGCCGCCCCUGCGGCGGCUCUGCCUCGUGCUGCUGGAUGCGGGGAUCGUGGCGGAGCUGCAGAGUGCCGACAUGCAGAACUUCCGCGCCGUUUUCACCGCUGUGGUCCAGGGCCAGGGGGAGAGAGUGGCAGAACUGAUCCUUCAUCAUGCCCGUGCUAACCAGUGCCAGGAUAUCGAGCGAUUCAAAUCCGAAAUGGCAGAACUAGUGACCAAAGUCCGGGGGAACACCAUCGCCCUGGGAAAGCUUCAAGUGGCAAAUCUUCUCUCGAAUGUCUUUAAAUUAUUGAUGACCCAUAAGGUGAAGCUCGAGAGCAAUUUUGCUUCCAUCAUCUUUGCCAUUAUGGUUCUGGAAGGUCUUGGUCGUUCACUGGACCCUGAACUGGACAUCCUAGAGGCAGCUAAACCACUGCUCAUCAAAAAUGCAGCUUCUGUCCUCAAAUAGACUUCAGCAGCUGCUGCCCCCUCGCUGUGCAGGGUUACCGGUGGUGCCUGCGAGCUGACAGAAAGAAGCUGAAGGUGAGGACACUCACAUCUCGGGGAAAUGCCAUGUGGUGAUUACUCUCCAUUAAUGUUGCCUCCAAGCACCAGUCAAGGGAUGGUUGUAAGGCCUUCAUCUUCCAGGAAGAUUUCUCACAGAUGGAGAGUUCUGACUCUUACGAUUACCUGGUUCUACGAGCUAGUAUGCUCUGCUAGUUUUUAACUGACAUAUCAUGUAGUCCAGGCGUACAAGACCACUGCAGCCUGACAAGGAAAGCAGUUUUACUGGUCUAAAAGUCUUUAAAAAGAUAUUCAGUGAUCAAGCUGGCUUGUUUUGAAAUAAAUCAGGUAAAAUAUUUUAAGUUAAUUUACUCAUCUGUCACUACAGUAUGAGCAAUGAUGUUCUGACACCUAAGCAAGCAAUUCAGGGUGAAAAAAGCCAGUAAGUCUCUUUGUAUUUUGUACUUCAACUUCUACUUUUAUUGUAGAAGUGUCCCGAGAUCCUGCAUGGAGUGGUCUGUUCUUGGUCAUUUUGGAUGAUAAGAACAGACCAGCCAAUUAGUUUUUUCAAACUCCCAUACCCUAGCACUAUACCGCAGGAGUUUGGAUUAUGGACAGUAAAAGAAAAUAUUUGACUUAAUAGAAAAACUAAUUCCAUAAUAAAAAUAUUUUUUUGGAA